AUGCGCCGUGAAAAUGUCUUUCUUUACAAUUACCUGCUUCAUCUUUUCUUUUCAAAGGCGCGCAGUGACGUCCUUGGAAAGAUUUGCUCCGAGCUGCGUCGUCGUCAUGGCCGGGUAGUCACCAACGAACUGAGCGAGGGUGAGUCAGCUUUUUUGAUCCAUGCUCGUCUCCCAGUAGUCGAGAGCCUGGGCCUAGUUCACGACCUUCAGGAUCGCACCUCAGGCCUCGCUAGCCUACCGCAACUCCGGCCUGGUGGUUGGGAGCUGUUUGAAGCCGAUCCUCUGCUUCGGGAUGUCAACGGUUGCGUUGCAAUUGGUGAGGAUCAUCUUCAAGUUCAUCAAUUGCAUUCACUUCAGUUUCCAGGGUUGUCAUCGGGUCAAACGACUGCCUCAAGACAAAGCCGAAGUACCUUGAUAAAUUUGCGCCAGCACUCUUCAACGACGCAUGCUGAUCAGGCUGCCAAGACAUCUGUACAACCGCAACAGUCUACAAUCAAGCAAAGCAAAGCGUCUGGAAUCACCCCUGCUUCGGCCGGCAAAGGUUUGAGCGUCAUUCAUCCUGCAAGCAAGCCUGUUAAAGCCACUAACCAAUGCCACGUACCUCCCACCUGCCCAAAGGGACAGCAAAUGACCGGAAGGCAUCUGAAUGCCGUAAAGAAGAGCUCUAUCAAAUUUUCCCCUGAAACUGUUGUAAGUCGAAAGAAAGCUGAUUUUCCCGUUGGUUUACAUGCGUCAGUUACCGGAGUUGAAGACGAUAAUGACCCUGAAGAGACCGCACUUCAGCUCGACGAAUUGAGUGCACAAUUGUCGCGAGUUCGCGAUUACAUUUGCUCUGUCCGCCGUGCUCGAGGAUUGCCAGUCAUCGAGCAAAUUGUUCAUCACGCCGAGAAGCAGAGAACCUUGAAGAAGAACAAGUAG